GCUUACCUUUCAAACGUCUAGUCAACAAGAGAUUUUCUUCUACAUAUGAUCUGCUCAAGGCAAAUUAUUGACGUCUACUGCUUCCCCCAUUUUUUACUGAUAAGGGAGCAACUCCUACCAAUUUUCCAUGGAAAAGCUUCAUCUCCUCAUGGCUCUCUUCCCUUUCUUCCUUCUCCAUUUCCUUUCUCUUUUACUUCUCUCAUCAGCUAAUUACACUAUACCAACCAUGUAUUUCAUCAAUUGCGGAUCAAAGUCCAACAUUACUGUCGGCGGUCGGAACUUCGUUGGUGACUUGAAUUCUGGCUCCUUCUCUGUCGGAACAAGCUCUAAUGUCAGUGACACCAACUCAGCAACAGCUAUGUCUCUCUAUCAAACUGCAAGAAUUUUUGAAAACCCAUCUUCAUAUGAGUUUAAAAUCAUCGAUCAUGGCAUUUAUUAUGUUCGUCUCCAUUUCUUUCCGUUCAUGUCCGGGAGGACUAAUCUGGCUAAGGCCCUAUUCGAUGUUUCAACUUCUAAUUUUUCGCUCUUGUCAAACUUUGGGGUUCAAGAAAAUAGUAAUUCACCUGUGAUUGAGGAGUUCUUACUCACUAUCAACGGAACCAAGUUCAGCAUCCACUUUACUCCUCACAGAAAAUCUUUUGCUUUCGUGAGCGCCAUAGAAGUCUUUCUAAUCCCAGAUGAAGGCUUCGUCAUGGAUGAUUUUCCUCUAGUUACUCCUGCUGGGAGCAAUCAAACUUACGUUGGCGUACCAUCUCAGGUUUUACACACAAUUCACAGGGUCAAUGUUGGAGGUCCACAGAACAAUGACUCACUGUGGAGGACUUGGAUACCGGAUGACGACUAUCUACUUUCCCCAGGAUCUGCAAAAAUCUGUCCCCCUUAUAACGGUACGCUUAAAUAUGAUAUUCUUGGUGCUACUAAUUAUAGCGCUUCAGAUCUUAUUUACAGGACUUGCAAAGAAUUAAAUUCAAAUUCGUCCUACAUAACUUGGCGUUUUGAUGUAAAGAAGAACGCCAGACACCUGGUGAGGCUGCACUUCUGUGAUAUUGUUAGCACAAGUGCUGAUGUCGUGAUCAGGUUCAAUCUCCUUAUUUAUAGCAACUUCAGUCAGACGAUCUAUCCUGACGAUCGUGAUGGAAUUGAGCAGUUGGCAGCUCCAUUUUACUAUGAUUUCGUGGUUGAUUCUGAUGAUUUGGGAGUUAUGAAUGUUAGUGUAGGGCCUAGGCAGGAUUCGGCAAAUAAAACUGCCUAUCUGAAUGGGCUGGAGAUUAUGGAAUUUAUGGAAGUUAUGAAGGAAUUGAAUCUGGGGGUUGAAGAAAAUGAUAAAUUUACUGACAAGGUCCACUUUCAGUCUCCCACAAGAAACUCCUACCAAUUUUCCAUGGAAAUGCUUCAUCUCCUCAGGGCUCUCUUCCCUUUCUUUCUUCUCCAUUUCCUUUCUCUUUUGCUUCCCUCAUCAGCUAAUUACACUCUACCAGCUGUGUAUUUCAUCAAUUGCGGGUCAAAGUCCAACAUUACUGUCGGCGGUCGGAACUUCGUUGGUGACUUGAAUUCUGGCUCCUUCUCUGUCGGAACAAGCUCUGAUGUCAGUGACACCAACUCAGCAACAGAUAUGUCUCUCUAUCAAACUGCAAGAAUUUUUGAAAACCCAUCUUCAUAUGAUUUUGAUAUCAUCGAUCAUGGCAUUUAUUAUGUUCGCCUCCAUUUCUUUCCGUUCAUGUCCGGGAAGACUAAUCUGGCUAAGGCCCUAUUCGAUGUUUCAACUUCUAAUUUUUCGCUCUUGUCAAACUUUGGGGUUCAAGAAAAUAGUAAGUCACCUGUGAUUCAGGAGUUCUUACUCACUAUCAACGGAACCAAGUUCAGCAUCCACUUUACUCCUCACAGAAAAUCUUUUGCUUUCGUGAGCGCCAUAGAAGUCUUUCUAAUUCCAGAUAAAGACUUCGUCCUGGAUGAUUUUCCUCUAGUUACUCCUGCUGGGAGCAAUCAAACUAACGUUAGCGUAGGAUCUCAGGUUUUACGCACAAUUCACAGGGUCAAUGUUGGAGGUCCACAGAACAAUGACUCACUGUGGAGAACUUGGAUACCGGAUGACGAUUAUCUACUUUCCCCAGGAUCUGCAAAAAUCUGUCCCCUGUAUAACGGUACGCUUAAAUAUGAUGUUCUUGGUGCUACUAAUUACAGCGCUUCAGAUCUUAUUUACAGGACUUGUAAAGAAUUAAAUUCAAAUUCGUCCGACUCCGACAUAACUUGGCGUUUUGAUGUAAAGAAGAACGCCAGACACCUGGUGAGGCUGCACUUCUGCGAUAUUGUUAGCACAAGGGCUGAUGUUGUGAUCAGGUUCAAUCUCCUUAUUUAUAGCAACUUCAGUCAGACGAUCUAUCCUGACGAUCGUGAUGGAAUUGAGCAGUUGGCAGCUCCAUUUUACUAUGAUUUUGUGGUUGAUUCUGACGAUUCGGGAGUUAUGAAUGUUAGUGUAGGUCCGAGGCAGGAUUCUGCAAAUAAAACUGCCUAUCUGAAUGGGCUGGAGAUUAUGGAGUUUAUGGGUGUUCCUAUUCAGGUCAAGCCAAAGAAACAUCUUGUUGUUAUAGUUGCUACCGCUUGUGGUGCGGUCUUUGUCUUCGUUUUGGUAGUGCUGUUGUUGUUGGGGUUAAGAUACAAGAAAGCAAAGCAUGUUGAUGGAGUAGGUUCAUUGCCGGCGCUUCAUGGAAAAGGAAGUUAUUACAGUAAAGGGAAAGCGAAUGCCUCCCCGGUUCGUAGUGUUAACCUAAAUUUGAAGAUGCCUCUUCUUCAAAUAGUUGAUGCAACUCAUAAAUUUGACAUCAAAUUCUUAAUAGGUGAGGGUGGGUUUGGCAAAGUUUACAAGGGAACUCUUCCGGAUGGUACCAAAGUGGCUGUGAAACGAAGUGAUCCUAAAAAUGGGCAGGGCCUUCCUGAAUUCGAAACAGAAAUCUUGGUCUUAUCCAAAAUUCGCCAUCGCCAUCUUGUUUCCUUGAUAGGGUAUUGCGAAGAAGGGUCUGAGAUGAUACUGGUGUAUGAAUUUAUAGAAAAGGGCACUCUGAGAGACCAUCUCUAUGUUUUGAAGGAGAACCCUGAGAGAUCAUCUAAAAGGUCUAAAUUGUCUUGGAAGCAACGGCUUGAGAUUUGUGUUGGUUCAGCAAAGGGCCUUCAUUACCUUCACACCUCUUCAGCUGGGGGAAUCAUUCACCGGGAUGUUAAGUCGACAAAUAUCUUGCUGAAUGAACAGUACGUGGCUAAAGUUGCUGACUUUGGCCUUUCAAGAUCAGGCCAUCAAGAUCCAAACCAUUUCAGUACUGUUGGCAUAAAGGGUAGCUUUGGUUAUGUGGAUCCUGAAUAUUUUAGAACCUUUGAGUUUACAGAAAAAUCUGAUGUCUACUCCUUUGGUGUGGUACUUCUUGAGGUGCUUUGUGCAAGGCCAGCUAUUGUUGACUCGCCCAAGAGGGAGGAGGUGAACCUUGCGGAAUGGGGGAUGUUUUGGCAAAAGAAAGGGCAACUUGAAAAGAUUAUCGAUCCGUUGUUAGUGGGAGAAAUUAACCAUGAUUCACUAAGAAAAUUUGGUGAAAUAGCUGAGAAUUGUUUGAAGGAUUGUGGAGCUGACAGGCCUUCCAUGCUUGAUGUGCAGUGGGACUUGGAAUAUGCACUGCAGCUUCAACAAACUGCAUUGCACAAAGAAGCGCAUGACGACUCUACAACAAAUGCAUUUUUGGAAUUGCCUUUGCCUUCCGAUCAUAGCAUCCCAGAUUGGGAAGAUGAUCAUGUGCCCAUUAUGUUAAGGGAUGAUGGUUCGGAGACGACAGAUAGUGGGGUUUUCUCUCAGAUGAGGAUUGAUGGUGCCAGAUAAUCUCUAGCUACUGCUUUAGGGUAGUUUUAUCUCUUUCUUUGUUCAUUAUCACUGUGGAGAAUCUUGUAUUGUAUUAUGUAUCUUUGUGCUCUUUGUUUGUUUACUCAAUGCUGCAAGUGUAAUAAUAAUAGGUUUAUUGAACAUCAAGCAUUUGGCUAUAAUCUAUUAGUGAAAAGUUUAAGAACA